AUGGGGUUGUCGUCUCUAUUACAACAAAUUGAAAAAAGAGGCAAACCAAUCACCCAACAUCCACAGAAACAAAAUGAGGACUCGAAAUCAUCCACUUUUCAACAAUCAAAAGGCAAUAUUUCAUCCAAAAAUCGUCCUGUUGAUCCAGUCGUAGCAAGAUUAAAAGAAAAACGACGAUUGGAAAAGGAGAGGACCGAAAAUUCUAAAACCAAGCACAACGGAACAAAAGAAGACAGCCUUCAUUCGAAAAAGCCUCAGCUGUCAAGCAUGAAGGCGUCUAGAUCUUUGGAGUCUAAACUGGGUUCAAGGCCUAAAUCGAAUAUUCCUAAUGAUCCCAAUCCUUCUUCAAAGACUAUAAAACAAAAACUAACCUUUAAUGAGUUGAUGAAAAGAGCUAGUAGUAUAGAUCACGAAAAACUUUCCAUCAAGUAUCCUAAAAAAAGUAAAUCUCCGGAAUCUGUUAAACCAAAGAAUCAAGCUUCACAAGCUUCAGAUAGUCAUUCCACAUCAACUAAGGCUGAUGCCCCAAAUAAUACCGUCAAAAACCAUUCGUCACCAGCCACAAGUAGAGAUAAAAAGAAGCCUCCAAGUUUAGAUCCCAAAAAGAAAUUGGUUUCAAGUAAUCCUAUUCCAUCAAGACAGCCCAAUGCUAAACUUCAGGCGAAAAUCUCACUAAACAAAUCGAAAAAGACCAAUCAAAUAAAAAAGCCGAACGUUGAUGGAUAUGACGAGGAAGAGGAUGAUAGUGAGAUGGACGAUUUUCUUGCUUCAGAUGAUGAAGUUAUCAAUAAUGAUGAUGGAUAUGAUAGGGAGCAAAUUUGGGCAAUGUUCAACAAAGGCAAAAAAAGAAGUUACCAUCCAUAUGAUGAUUAUUCAGACGAGGAUAUGGAAGCAACAGGUGCUGAUAUUUUAGAGGAAGAAUUCAAAUCAAAAUUAGACGCUGAAAGAGAAGAUCGUAAAGAAGCUGAGGCAGAAAAAAGAAGAGCUUUAGAAAAAUUGAAAAGAAAAAAAAUCAAACAAUAG